CAUAUCUUAUAAAGUCUCCUAGCAGUGUCUGUACGCAGGUGGAUGUAAGCAAAAGAUGGCACAGUCUGCUAUUACUAGUUUCCUAACGGGCACCAGGGAGAGGACUGGGAUUGACAUCCAAGAUGGAGGAAUAUAUGAUGACGACGACCAGUCAAGCCCCGUACAGCCUCCUGGUAAAAGAGGUAGGCCAAAUACGCCUGAAAAUAGGACUGUGUCUUCUGAUGCCUUUUCUAAUGAUCCCGACCCGAAUCUUCUUAACUUUCUAAGCCAGUUUGAAUCACGAAUGAAAGACAUGCUCACUGAUUUCGAGAAACAUUUGGAUGAGAAAAUGAAAUCUGUCGAUGUGAAAAUUCGAGCGGCAAUAAAUGAGGCCAUUACAUCUAAAAUAGCUCCCAUCAAAUCCGAGCUUGCCGAAAUUAAUGCGGAGCUGCAGGACGAACUUAGCUUGUUACGAGCAGAAAAUCUGAAAAUAAAAGAGGAUCUAAAUCAAGUAACACUUCUUGCUAAUCAGAACUCUCAGUAUUCGAGACGCUUACAGCUAAGAUUUUCCGGGGUCCCCUUAAGUGAAAUGGAGAAAAAAGAGCCUUUCAAUGUGAAGCAUUGCAUCUCCAGCUUGGUGAAAACUUUAUCUGACACACCGAUUCAUCCAAAACUUGUCAGCGAUGAUAUAGAAACGGCGCAUAGGCUACCUCAACAUAAGAGGGCAGAUCAAAGCCAAAUUAUAAUUAGGCUGAAGUCUAAAGCUGUCCGUGAUGACUUUAUUGGAAAUAGAUUUCUGUUGAAAGGGACCGGGAUCCGUGUCUAUGAAGAUUUAAGCCCAAUGAAUCGUGGUCUUUUAAGAAGACUGACGGAUCACGGUUCGAUCUCUAAUUGUUGGUCAGACAGAGGGAAAAUUCUUGGGAAAACCAAAAACGGAGUCAUUCGUGUCUUCCAAGUAACUGACGACAUUGACAAUAUUAUCACCGACAUGGAAAAUGCCCCUGCCAAACCACCCGUAAUUCGUAAACCACGCAAGCAAGUGGUGUGAGUAGCCGUCGUGCAGUCUUUUGUGUGCUUUCAAUUUGCCACUGAACAACAGUCAACGUAGCUAGCUAUACAACAUCACUACUUAGUCAAGCUUGUGUGCUUCCAUUUGUCACUAAAGAACAGCCAAGUUAGUCAGCUAUAUCACAUCUUUUUAGCCAAGCAUGUAAACAUCUACACGACUGAUCGGUUAUCUUGUUACCACAUGGAGAAUGUAACUAUGGAGUUGUCU